CUCUGAAUAGGAUCAGGGUAGGAAUUUUAGUAGGCCUCUAGUGGUAUCUGUUUUGUGAGCCUUGGCUUUUAGUUCAUGGUUAACAGAUAUCCAAAUGGGCAGCUCUUCUCUGAGUUUAUUUUUUUAAUUGCUUAUUUAAAUGAGGUAUUUUUUAAAAUUCUAUUUGUUUGUUAUCUUAAAUAAUAUAGACAUUGAAAACUAAAAUUUCCAUAACACAUUUAACUUGCUAUUUUAUUCAUGUAAGGACCCUGGUAAUUUCAUGGGUCUUGAAACAGAUAAGUAUAGACCUAGAGCCUUUGCAUUAUCUGAACUGUUGUUUUAACUGGAGAUUCCACUUCCCUCAUGAGCUUAAUUGGGGAGGAAAAAAGACAGAUAUGAUAUGUUAAUUUUAUUGCUUUGUGCCUUGAAAGGUGCAGAGCCUGUUGGGAAGAGCAGCUGGCAGAGGGGCUGGCUGGGACAGGGGAAGCUGCUAAGGGGAGCAGCCCUACUCUGGUGAGUGUCCUUGUCUAUAUCACACCAGGGGGAAGAUGAUCAGUGGCUGACUGAGCAGAUGGCAUGUUUUACAGGAGUUUGGUUUGCUGUGACAAUCAAGGACACAAAUCCCAAAUGAAGAAAGCUCCUGGAUGGGAGAGGGUUGCCAAGUAUAAUGCUGUGUCUGUCAUGCUACUCAUAUAAGAAGAGAUUAAAAGAAAUUUUUUGAAGCGUUUCUCUGCUUUACUCAGGGCAGUACUACUGGUUUUCAGCUAAAAUACUCUUAAAAUGAUCCAUGUAAUUGUACAGAUUACACUGUUACAAUUUUCAAAACAUUUCGGCAGUUUCUGUGGAGUGACCUCGCUCUACACGGAGCGUAAGUCGGAGAAAAGAAACAAAGUUUCUCCCUUGGAGGUAUUUAAGAGAAAGACCCGAGACACCCUUAAGAACUGAGAAUCUGACUAAUUUAAACAGAUGGCUAAUCCCAGUGCUGUGUGCAAUGGACAUCUACAUCAUCACAAUCAUCAGAAACAGAAUAACCUCUUAAAAAGUGGAAUAUCCAAGAAAAAUGGAAUCACUAAAGGAAUGAAGAAGAAUGGAGUAUCAAACGGAACCCUCUACAAAAAAACAUUUAUUGAGCACUUUGAACAGGCACCAAUGUAUGUUGCAGUUUUUACUUUCGUGGGGUUUGCAGUGGGAACAAUAUUUGGCUACCUGCGAGAUUUUAUGAGAGCCUGGGGACUAGAAAAACGUAACAUUGCUACGGAGAGAGAACAACAAAAAGAUUUUGUGCCACUUUAUCAAGAUUUUGAGAACUUUUACACCAGGAACCUCUAUUUGAGAAUACGGGAUAACUGGAACCGUCCCAUUUGCAGUGUCCCUGGGCCACAGUUUGACCUCAUGGAACGUGUUACAGAUGAUUACAACUGGACAUUUAGGUUUACAGGAAGGACUAUCAAGAAUGUAAUCAAUAUGGGUUCUUAUAACUACCUCGGCUUUGCAGAAACAGAUGUUAAUGCUUUGAAAACUGUGACCAUAGAGUUAGAAAAAUAUGGGACAGGAGUCUGCAGUACCAGGCAAGAGAUGGGCACCCUAGACAAACAUGUAGAACUAGAGAAACUCGUGGCCAAGUUCCUUGGUGUGGAAGAUGCUAUGGUGUUUGGCAUGGGCUUUGCAACUAACUCAAUGAAUAUUCCAGCCCUUGUUGGAAAGGGCUGCCUCAUUCUCAGUGAUGAGUUGAACCACACUUCUCUCGUUCUCGGUGCGAGGCUUUCAGGUGCCACUAUUAGAAUCUUCAAGCAUAAUAAUAUGCAGAGCCUCGAGAAGCUGCUGAGAGAUGCAAUAAUAUAUGGACAGCCUCGCACCCACAGAGCAUGGAGAAAAAUUAUCAUCCUGGUGGAGGGCAUUUACAGCAUGGAAGGGUCCAUCGUGCGCCUGCCGGAGAUAGUCUCCCUGAAGAACAAAUACAAAGCAUACCUCUACUUGGAUGAAGCUCACAGCAUUGGUGCAGUGGGAGCAACGGGCCGAGGAGUUGUGGAAUACUUCGGGAUGAGUCCCAAUGACGUUGAUGUAUUAAUGGGAACGUUCACAAAGAGCUUUGGUGCAGCUGGAGGAUACAUAGCUGGCAAAAAGGACCUUGUGGACUUUUUACGAACUCAUUCUCAUAGUGCUGUGUACGCCACAUCCAUGUGUCCCCCCGUAGCAGAGCAAAUCAUCAGGGCAAUGAAAUGUCUCAUGGGACUGGACGGGACAACACAAGGGCUCCAAAGAGUGCGUCAGCUGGAGAAAAACACAAGGUACUUCAGACGAAAACUGCAUGAAAUGGGCUUCAUCAUUUAUGGCAAUGAUGAUUCUCCUGUUGUUCCCUUGCUCCUUUAUAUGCCUGGUAAGAUAGGGGCUUUUGCAAGACGCAUGUUAGAAAAGAACAUCGGGGUGGUCGUGGUUGGGUUUCCAGCUACUCCUAUCACAGAGUCCAGGGCUCGCUUUUGUGUGUCAGCUGCACAUACACGGGAGAUGUUGGACACGGUUUUGAAUGCUCUGGAUGAAUUGGGUGAUUUUCUACAUCUGAAAUAUUCCCGGUAUUCCAAGUCAGCUCAUCCUGAACUGUAUGAAGAAUCUAGGCUUGAACUUGAAGAUUAAGUUUUCCACCCAUGAAAAGAACAUUAUGAUGCUAUGAAAGGGCGGAAAACCUGAAAACGAAACAAUACAAAUGCAUUUCUUCCCUUCUAAGGACAAUUUUUAUUUCUCAGUUAAUUGAAAGGAGGGGAAGCUCAGGUGUUGCAUCACGUUGUAUCAAACUUCUGUAUUCAAGAGACUGAAAUAUUGAUACAGAUUUGCCUCCCCAGGAGAUCUGUCCUUCUUAAGGUAUUUUUGAUGCAGAAUGAAUGCAUCCAUUGAUCCAGUUGGUAACGUACAGCUUUUGGUAUGGCCCUUUUUUAUGAAGAGGCUUCAGAUAGUCUUAAUUGUGACUGAAAUAAUAAAGUUUAAAAAGUUAAUAGAUUCCAGUGUAAUAUAGCUGAGCUUCAUCAGUGAGACUGAUCUGUUAAAGAGCAUUAAUCAAGACGCUGGUGUG